AUGACUUACAAAUAUAAGCUUUUUUCACGCACAGGUGGCGCUGUAAGCGUUUUGUCGAAUAAGUCUUUUGAAGGACCGCCUGACAUCGACGACGAUUCAUCUAGUAAGGAAGAGUCUUCUGAAGGCGAAGAUUAUGAUUCGUUUAGCAGGAGUGCGGAACAGGAGUUGCGAUUAAGAAUAUUUGACCCACUUAGUUAUGAUAAGUUAAUUCGUCCACAAGGUGUUGUGCACGUGAACUUGACCAUCCGGCUACAACGUGUUAACAAACUGGACAUUGAAGAACAGACAAUGGCAUUAACAGCGUUCCUGUUUGUGACCUGGAAUGACGAGCGAUUGGAAUGGACGAACUACAGCAGAAGUGACAAAGAAGGGGUGCAAUUAUCGCGGUCCAUCCCAAAUAUUUUUACAUCAGAAAGUUAUACCUGGCUUCCACCAAUUAACAUCGAAAAUUCAGUGUUGGACAUGUCAAUCAUUAGUGACCCGGAUGUCCCAAUGCGUGUCAGGCACACGGGGGCUGUUGAAUGGAAUCCAGCUGGCAUAUUUACAGUACAAUGCAUGUGUGAUGUCACCUUCUAUCCUUUCGACACACAGAUUUGCUCCUUAAUCAUAAGUACACGUGCUUACACAGAAAGCGAGAUUUCCCUGCGAUUUUCCCAAAAUCCAGUAAAACUGCAGGGCUAUCAACAAAAUGGCGAGUGGGAAUUGAUGAAGUACACUGUGGAGGAGAAAGUGAGCAGCACAGAAAUUGACAAGGCUGAUUAUUCGUCCCUCCACGUGAACUUCACGAUGAGAAGACGACCUCUAUAUGUGUUUAUGAAUACUAUCAUCCCCACUAUGUUGCUGUCUUUCCUGAGCGCGCUGGUGUUCAAGCUGCCAGCGGAUUCUGGAGAGAAGAUUGGAUACUCCUUGACGGUCCUGCUGGCCUACGCCGUGUACAUGAUGGCCAUCUCGUCCAACAUACCGGCAUCGGCGCUCACCAUAUCUAUCCUGUCCGUGUACACUGUCAUCGUGCUGAUUAUGGGAGUUGUCGCUGUUCUCCUAUCCAUUGUCGUUCUGGAUUGCUACCACAGAGACCCGGAUGAGGAAGUGACGGAAUGGGUAAGAAACUGUACACUUAGAUGCCUGUUAGUCUUAAGUGGAUGGAAGCCAUCUCGUCAUCCCGUAGGAAAACAUGUCAAGAAGUCUAGUGUCGUUCCUUGGGAUGGACACUUUAAUCAAAUCGCUGAUAUUUCUGUGUGCGACUGGGAUCAGAAGAAAACAAAGGAAGUGGACGAAAGCCAGACAGAGAAACAAGAACGUAAACAAAAACCUGACCCCAGAAUUGCGUGGUUGGGUAAGAAUAUUUCAUGGAAGGACAUUUCCAGAAUAUUGGACCAUUUUUUUCUACGACUGUACGUAUGUGUACUGUUUGUUAUCACCGGCUUUGUGGCUAUCCUGUUUUCGGUGGGAUACGUUGGUGUAUAA